AUGGCUGACAAAAGAAUAUCAAUUACCCGGUGGGAGGUUGCAUACAACUCAUUUCAUCUUCUAUGCACACAAAGAGCUUGCCAUAAUCUCAGCAAGAUGCCAGAGAUAAAACUCUACUACGCACCCGGCGCAUGCUCCCUAGCACCACACAUCCUCCUCCACACCUCCGGCCUCCCCUUCCGCGCAAUCCCCCUCCGCGUCGGUACGAUCCUCACCGACUUCCCCCCCUCCUUCUCGCUCAUCAAUCCGAAGAUGAAAGUCCCCGUCCUCUGUCUGGACACCGAAGUCAUCACCGAGAUCCCCGCCAUCGCUACCGCCAUCUCUAACCUAGUCCCGGAACGCUAUUUCGUGGGGAAGACGGAUAUGGAGGUCGUGAGGGUGUACGAGUGGAUGAACUGGCUGUCGGGCACGCUGCAUGGAGCGGGCUUUGGACAUGUGUUUCGCCCGCAGCGGUGGAGUGUGCAGGGGGAUGGGUUGGAGGGGAUUAGGGAGCAGGGGCUUGUGGUUGUGAAGGAGUGUUUUGAUAUGAUUGAGGGGAAGCUAGCUGGUGUGUAUGCGGUGGGAGGGGGGUUGACGGUGGUGGAUGCGUAUCUGUUUGUCUUCUAUCGGUGGGGGAACGAGAUGGGGUUGGAUAUGAAGGGCAAGUAUCCCAAGUACGCUGCUUUGGUGAAGAAUCUGCUGGAACUCGACGCCGUGAAGGAGACUUUGAAGGUUGAGGAUAUUGUGUAUAAAUUGUAG